AUGUUUUUCCGGUUUUUAGUUUUCGUUAUACUUCUUCCUCUGCAAAUCGGUUUGGCAAAGAAUAACUAUGAUAUUGUUAUCAAAUCAUUGAGCUGCAAAGUUGUAUCUUUGAAAUAUGUCAAUGGAUUGGAAUGCCAACUUUUGCGGAAACGGAAUCCCGUAGUAUCGGCCAGAUUUAGUGUGAAUCAAACGAUAGAUCACUUCGAUAUGUAUAUUAUAUUCGAUUUGCUAAAGAAAGACAACACCCCCAUGAAUAUUGCGAGUCUCAAGAUGGAUGGCUGUAAUUACUUGGGUUCUAUGUAUCAAAACAAUGUCGUUGGCAGGCUGUUCAAAAGACUCAAGUCUGUCAGCAAUUUACCAGCUGGUUGUCCUGUUCUAAAGGGAAUACAGUACGAGAUCCGCAACUAUACAUUCAAUUCGGACGAAUUCCCGCCAGGAGCUCCGCAGUCCAAGUGGCAAAUGCGAGUGAAAAUGCUGAAGCGCUCCGAACUGGCUGCGGACAUAUCAUUGGAGGGCGCUGUGGUCUAUAAUACGUGA